UUACCGAUCUGUAAUGUAAAGUGUUACCAGAAGUUCUUUGCUCUCCCGUUAAGGCUAUGUCUACAUUAUUGCGUAUUUCUUUGAAUCCAAAAGACUUUUCUUUUGACUCAGCCUUGCAUCCACAUUAAUUCAUUGUAAUUGAGCUCCUGAAACGGUGACGGUUAUGACCGUGAAUUUAUUAGGCUUUUCGUAUUCGUUUGGAAUGACUGUACGUUUGUCAUGAGUUUCAAAAAUCUGAAUUACGUUUUAACACUACCUAAGUCUUCAGGUUUUCAAUGCUUUUCUAUGGGGACUUCUGCAUGGCCAUUGUUUUGACCUAGCAACAGUAAUACAGUGGGAAUAGGACUAGACAAAGACAGAUAUCAAUGGUGUAAUGAGGACACACCGGUGUUUCUCAUUGACCUCUUUGAGGUGCUAUCUAUUUUACUUCCACAUAUUAAACAUUUUCAGGGCUAAGCUGCUUUACGACAUCAAACUGUUGAUAAUGAAGCAUUGAUUUCUGCUGACCUAUCUUGACACAUUUGCUAAAUAAGCCAAAUAUGACCACUAUUAAUGUCAUGGAGACAUUGUAUAAAGCGUCACACAAUGAUUCCAGUUGUUCAAGUCAAGAUAUUGUGAUUGUAAAUCUUGUUUCCAAUGAACAGAUAUGUGAACUGUCUGCUGAGUUGCUUGUCCUGUAUUUUCCAAAACAUUUACCGGAUGAUGUGGUGCCCUUGAUAUUCAGCCGUGCUGAGCAUUUUCUCCACAGUCCUCGAACCCAGGAGUCUCAAAUAGGUGCCCUCAUGAUGAAGAUCCUUCUACAGAAGUCUGUGGAUCCGUCUCAAGCAUGGCUAAACUCCAGAGUUAAUGGAGAUGUAAACAUCACCUCGCUUUGCCACUACCUCCUCCAGUUGAUGCAGCAGCACUACUUUACAGCCAAGACUGAUAUGCUGAUGGCUUCACAGACGGCACCCAUACAUGGUGUAGUGAAUGCCUUGCAGAGGUGUUUGCUGGAGGUGCCAGGUGUCUUGUAUGAUGAAAUGGAUAAGGGCAUGUUUGCAAGAACCCUCAGCUUGAUGGAGAACAUCACAGUUCUCUUACUUGGUGUACUUUAUGGGGAUCAGGACACAGAAAGUAAAAAAGUCCCUCCAUCGUUUUGUGAAAUGGGAAAUGCAAUCAGCUCUGUGAUUGGCCAGCAGUUAGGUUCAGAUUAUCAUGAAGAGGAGGAUGUCCUGCUUACAGAGGAACACAGUCUGGUGCUCACUUGUUGCUGGGUCUCACUAAAGGAAAUCGGAAUAUUUAUGGGCUCCUUGGUUGAGAUGAUGGCUGAUGAGUCAAAUAAGCUGGAUCACUUUGUCACUGAAGGUGAUAUGAAAAGGAUGUCUAAACUGUUCAAAGACAUCAUCUUGAAAUGUCGACACUGGGGAGCAGUAGAAGGUUGCUGCCGUGGAUUCACAAAGUUUUGCAGCACUCUGCUGGUCAGUGCUGAUCUGGAGAUCCGAGACAUCCCUGCACAGUUGCUUAAAGAAGGUCUCCAACUUCUCCAGUCUCCACGCAGCACCUCAGUGACUCGUAGAGCUGCAGGGCUCCCAAUGCUUUUCCUCUGUGUGGUUUCAGCCGCAGAAACCAAUCAGAGCAGGUCUUUACUCUGCCUCACUAUUAACACCCUUCUGGAGGUGGCAAAUAGACCUCUGCCAGACAGCUGGGACCAGACAGUUGAUCUACCACAGGUGUGUGCAGUUCAUUCUCUAAAUGCUUUAGUUCGUGGAUCUGGUCUGGCUGUUGCCAUUCUUAAGUAUUGUUCAGUCAUGGCCACCCUUGCCUUGACACUUCUCAAUUCCCGCUGCUGGGCUGUGAGAAAUGCAGCAUUGCAGCUUUAUAGUUCAUUGUGCACACGGAUGCUUGGCCAGAGUCCCGGAGGUGAUCAUGCCUCCGCCCAGUAUGGCAUGAGUGCACUGACCUUCUUCACUCACUACCCAUCACUACUGCCCUUCCUUCUCAGUGAACUAAGAAAUGCAGCCAUAGAUCUUCAUGAUUCAUCUCAACAAAGACGGCUUUGUGUUCACCCCUCCCUGUAUCCUGUGCUGACCCUCCUUGCCAAACUUCAGCCUGGUAUUCAACCUGAAACAAGAGAACUGUCAGAGGCUGUGACACCAUUGCUCCAAUUGGCGUCCAGUCCUGUGUACAGCAUCAGAGUGAUGGCUUCCAAAGCACUAGUGGCGAUGAUGCCUUGCUCAAAAUAUCCUGCUUUCCUCUGCAAGAUGGUUGAAGAGUUACCAAGAUCCACCGAAGAGCCCUACUCUCACAACUAUUUACAUGGUCAACUCCUACAGAUCAGAGCUGUGCUAACUCAGUUUAUGAAAACUGACAAGGCUACUUUAAAUCCACUCAGUGUUUUUGUGGAAGUGUUGGAGUCCAAGAUUUGGCUUGUGGCAACAGGACAGCAAUGCCUCAUGAUCAGAGGGUUAUAUUUGGAUUUGAUCAGUCUUGUAAGAAACAACUGCUCUGAAGAUUUCCUGCACCAGUUGUGUGCACUACUUAUGUCAGAACUUCCCAACUCAACACACCAUUUGCAAGUUGGCUCAGACUCCUUUUACGAUGUGGCCCUUCACUUCCUGUGUGAAGAUCGAAGUUGGAUGUGUUUGGUGUGGCAGAAUUUCUCGGUUUGGAAUGCUGCUUGUAAGCUGUCCCUACUCAGAUGGGCAUCAGAGACAUGUAGCUCAAGCAUGACCAAUGCACCACCUCUGCUAGAAAAAACACUCCAGGCUAACCUGAAGGAGGUUUUACUGAAUGAAGAUACAGAAAUUAGGGCAGUGUAUCUCAAGGCUGUUGUAUCAGUCAUGACUGGAGGAGUUUGUUCCUUGGUACUUGACGAAGCGGCCAUCCAAGAAUGUUCAGAGAUCCUGGUUAGAAGCUUGGAAGUCUCAGAUGUUGGCACAGAGUACCUCUCACAGGCCCUGUGUGCUACCAGCCUGCUACUCUCUAAAAGCCUGGACUGUACAUUGUUCCCACGCUGGUGCAACAUACUAGAGCGGCAGAUGUUGCCCAAUGCCUCAGAGGCACUCAGAAUGGCUUGUGCUGAGUCUCUUUGCCUCGCUGGGGUACCUCUGAUGUGUAAAGACCAGAAAAACAAUCCACACAAACUGGGAUUAAGGAUUAGGUUGGUCAGUAUUGGCUUAUGUUUACUGCAAGAUCAGAGUGAACAGGUGAGGGUGAAAGCUGCUGUCUUUGCAUCAAAGGUGCAGAAUCCCGCCAUAGGUGGAAUAGAACCAAAGCAGAAGAGUUCCUUUCUGACACAUGCCAAUCAAUCCAUACGCAUGCUCCUGGACCUGCUUUUAGAAGAUUUCUGGGAUCACUGUGACCUUUUAGGGGCUUUAUUAUACCAUUUACCAGAGUCAGACUUCAGCAGUCUUCUGAAAGACACUAAAGAAACAAAUCUGUAUGAACGAGAUGAUGCUAAUAUGUAUACGGAGCCUUUGGCCAUCAGUGAGUGUUUUCUGCCCUAUUUGCUCCAACUGGCUUGGAAGUACCCUGAAUCUUCAGUGCUGGCACAGAGGCUUGAUAACUGGGUUAAAGAUAAUCUGGCUCAAAUCCUGGAGAACCUUACAAUCUGUAAAAAGAUUAUAUCAGGCCAACAAGGUCUGGAGUGUUCUUGGUUGAGCUUUGCCUCAGAGCCUCUUUUCCACCGCCAUCUGUGUGGACUUUUCACAAGAGCAAUCUUUUUGAAUCAACUUCUGAUAUUCUCUGCUGAGUUGCAUCCCCUCUUUAAUAACACCAUUCUAUCACAAGAUUUGCUGGAUGUCUACAGACAGCUUUGUAUGAAUGGUGUUUUCUUGCCACAAGUCUUUCCUGAUACUAUAAUGAGCUCUUUGGAGAAAUCAAAUAUGCAGGUGCUCUAGGAUGGUUUACAUACCAGUUGAUUGAAGCUGACAUCUUGAAUUUAUCAGUCCAUGGAUCAUCACUAACUGGGUGUGCACAUCACUAACUGGGUGCACACUAAACAGUGCUGCAUAUUUUAUUGUAUUGAGGUCUGAAUAUUUGUGUAAAUGUGUUGAGAACAUAGGGUCCUAAUUUAAAUGCUGGACAAAGUGCCAAGUCUAUAUACUGACUAAAGCUUGCUUGAUAACAAUGUCAAAUCUAUUUGCAAAUGUAUUGUCAUAAGAAAGAAGCACACAUAUCAGUAAAACAAUUUAAAUUUGGGUCCAAAAUGUUUUCUCUUGUCAUAUGGUUAUUGCAGGUGAAGAGAAACCAGUAGUCGGGAGUAAAAGUGAACCUCUCAUGCCUUUGUAAACAUUUUGUUUUAGUAAAUAUACUGUACUUAUUAAAGAGAAUAAAAUGA